AUGACUUGAUAGCCCCAAGGCAUCUGCAUCAACAAUCUUGGUCUUAAGAGUUGAUUGGUCUUCCAGACUUGUAGAAGGAGAUAAUCUGAUCUUGGAAAAGUAUGCUCAGCUAGUUACAAGUUUGAGGAGACAAAGACGUGGUCUGAGUCUUAUUCAGCCCUGCUGUCUGAAGUGCUCUUCGCCCAGUAGCACCAGGGACCAGGCAUGGAGGGUCAAACAUUCAGUAAAUGUCUACCUGAGCAGAGGGAGGCCAACGACCCAAAGGAGGAGGAGGAGGUCUCUUCCCCUGAGGAGAGGGAGACCAUGGACUUGAAAGAAGGAAAGGAAGCUUCCCUACCUUGGAAGUGGCAGAAUAUUGAUUUGGAGGAAGAGGAAGAGGAAAUCACUUCACCUGAGGAGGGGGAGACUUGUGAAAGGAAAGAAGAGAAGGAGGAAGUCACUUCACUCGAGGGCAAGAUGUGUGAAAUGAAGGAUGGGGAAGAGGCCGUAUCCUUUCAACUUAUGGAACAAAGAAAGACCUGUGAAUCCCAGGAAGAGGAAGAACCAAUAAGCGUGUUUCCCCCUCCAAACGAAUUCUCCCCUCACUCCGUGUUUCCCCCUCCAACUGCCCCAACCCCUCACUCCGUGUUUCCCCCUCCAACCGCCCCAACCCCUCACUCCGUGUUUCCCCCUCCAAAUGAAUUUCCCCCUCCCAAAGCAUUUCUCCUUCAAUAUUUAUCUCCUUAGAUUUUUGUCUCCUCAAACCUUGACCUUAGGAAGGUAUCUGUUCUGAUAUGCUCUCUCUUCAUGCCUUUAAUUUUUUUGUUAAAAACAAAACUACAUUCAAUUGGAAUUGUAUAUCAGAGCCAUGUAUGUUGGUACAUAUUCUAAUUGAAUAAUAAAACACAAGUCUUUAUUGCAUAGACCCUAGGAUAAGUACCUUUGCUCAAAAACAGGUUUGGGGUGGAUUAUGUUUUGAAGAAUUGAGAAGUGAAAAUAUUUUCCAGGUAAGUAUUUACAUUGCAUCAAAUGUACAUCCAGAACAUUACAAUGCAUAAAAGCUUGAGCUUCUUGCCUAGAACUUUCCUGACUUUCUGGUCUUGUAAAGGAAUGAGAUUAGCCUUUAGAUCUGUUAAGACCCAAAUCUUAUAAUGAGCUUCCCUGGUGGCUCAGUGGCAAAGGAUCCUCCUGCAAUGCAGGAGAAACAUGUUUGAUCUCUAGGUGGGGAAGAUUCCCUGGA